GGCAGCAGACCGUGCGUCAUGACGUCAGUCUGCAGUAGAGAUGGCGGCAGUGUCUGCAGAGCUGAAGUUCAGAGACGGGAUGAGACAGAAAAUCUGCGUUAAAGUAGAAAAUAAUCUGAGUUCUCUGAUCAACGGAGUUCACGAGCUGAACGAGAACGUAUCACGGCUUCUGAGCGAGCUGGUGGAGCGGGAAAAAGCCCGCGGAGACUGCGCAGACGGUGAGGAUGAGGAUGAGGAGGGCAGUGAUGAUGAUGAUGAUGAUGAUGAAGAGGAGGAGGAGGAGCCAGAGCCAGAGGUUCCGCAAAACUCCAAACCUGAACCUCCAGCUAAAAGAUCCAAAACCUGAGACACCUGAGGACUCUGAGACAGGAUGACGUCACUGUUUUACCUGUUUGAAGUGAAGGUGAUGACGUCAGGUGAUCAGUCACACGAUUGAUUGUAAAUAAAGCUGCUUUAGGUUAAAGCGUAAAAAUAAAGUGUCUGUCAUAA